UCAGUUAUAUGUCAGUCGUCUUUCAGAGUUGCUUCUCAUCAUCAAUGAAAGAACUGAUCUGCAAAGGCGUCACAGAGGUCACCUUGAGAACCUUGACAUCAAAGCAUUUAUUAAAGAUGUUGCUGUUCCAUUUAUAGACAGUUUGAUUGGAGAAAUCAAUGAUGCUUUCUACAUGCACCCUGUGUUUGAUGCUUUUCGGAAGGCUCUGGAUCCUAGUAUGAUCGAAGCCAAUGCCAGUGCUGUUGAUCUUCAAAACCAUGGAAAGGAGGCAUUGACUGUACUUUGUGGACACUAUGGGGAACCUGGAGAGGACAUUUUCCAAGGUCAUGUGACAAGAUGUGAGAGGGAUCUUGAUCCAGAUGCAACUGAAGCUGAAUACUGUGCCUUCAAGCAUCAAAUCAAAAUCAUGAAAAGAAUGAAAGCCAGAAAUCCACAGCCUUCCAAUAGUAAUGAGGGUGACCAGGUUAACAAUCUGCUGUCAAUGUUUUUAAAAGUCUCUGGGGAUCCUGUACUCCAAGAAUCUUUUCCAAUGAUGUGCAAGCUUCUGUACCUGGUGAACAUUAUUCCAGCAUCAACGGCCUCAGUGGAGAGGAGCUUUAGCCAAAUGGCUUUGCUAAAAACCCCAAUGCGCAGCAGAUUGAGUUGCAAGUCAAUUAAUGCAAUAAUGCGCAUUAACAUAGAGGGAGCCAGUACCCUGACGGAAUAUGAGUUAGAACAACUUGUUCAAAACUUCAAACUUGCAAAAGAUCGGCACUUGUCCCUGUAA